UUGAAACGUCACCGCAGAGAGCAGGGGCACUUCCUCCAGCAGAGGCAGCUUUCUGAGAGGAACCUGCCUCAUUAAUACAGUUUUUAUGAAUUAUUUCCUUAUAAAACCCUGUUUUAAACUGACUCUGAGGAUUACAGAGGAGAAAAACUCUCAUGGGACUUUCAUACGCAAGUUUCUACAACAGGUUCAACCUCUCAGAGCUGCUAUAGAGGGACUUCCUCUCCAGCUGAUGACUUGAAGGGGUCAUGGAGGGCAUCUGCUUUCAGGUCAAACCCAGAGCUGACUCCGCCCCCUCCCAUCCGCUCUCUGCCCCUUCCCCCAAGCCCCCUCGCGAGUCACCUGGACGGGAUAAAGAGAAUGACGAAGAACAGGAUGAGCAGGAGAUCCAGUACAGGCUAACGCUAGUGGGCUUGCUCGUCGUCCAUCCACUGACCACCAUGCCCAUGCUGCCCUGGGUGGUGGCGGAGAUACGGAGGCCACGGCUGAAGCAGAGGAGCUUCAGCACCAGCCCGUCUGGAGCCCGAACUCUGGAGAUACAGGAUCAUCCAGUGAUUCUGCAGAUAUCAGUGUCUUCAGUGCGCUGCGUUCUGGACAUGGCGGGUCCGGGGAGGCAGUGGGACCCCCUACAGUACCCGGUCCUGUUUGAGCACCGGCCACACCGGGUUACCAAACUGAUCCACAACAGCCAGGACCCGAGCUACUUUGGCUGCCUGCUGAGGGACGACAGGAGGGCUGCAUGCUACCUGUUCCGCUGCCAAGACCACCACAAGGUGCCAGAAAUCAUCAGCACUCUCAGGCAGGCCAGCAAAAGCUCCGCCCGCCAGGAGGACACAACAGCCAAGCCUAACGACAAUCACCAAGACAACGGUCGGCAUGAUGCCCCCCUCUCUCUGCCGCCCGGUGCUGAUGCAGCGACUGCCUUUGCCAAAAAGUUUGAGGUGCUGUUUUGCGGGCGGGUGGUGGUGGCCCAGAAGAAUGCGCCGCCAGCUCUGAUAGACGAGUGCAUAGAGAAGUUCGGUCGAGCGAGUGUGACGGGCUCACUGGCUGCCGGCAUUCGACGGGCCUUCUCACUCACGCAGGUGAUGAAUGGAGGCAGUGAGGGAGGAGAUGGAGGAGGAAAGAAGCCUCUGUUUUUCCGGAGGGAUCCCAGUUUUCCCAGUUUGCACGCUCUGGAUGAGAAUGGUCUCUCUCCAGAGCUGCAGCGCCGAUCCGUGAAUGGAGCUGCUGGAGUGCAACCUACCAGUCUGCAGGAGAACAGGACCAUGCUGUUCACAAUUGGACAUUCUCAGAUCUUCCUGGUGAGUCCUGACAGUAAGAAAGUGGCCAUCGAGAAGAGCUUCAGAGAAAUCUCCUUCUGCUCACAGGGCAUAAGGCAUGUGGAUCAUUUCGGGUUUAUCUGCAGAGAGUCAGUGGAUGACGGAAGCUGCCAGUUUGUUUGUUACGUGUUUCAAUGCACCAACGAGGCUCUGGUUGAUGAGAUCAUGCUGACGCUGAAGCAGGCGUUUUCUGUGGCCGCCCUGCAGAAGAGCAGCAGGACCCUAAACUUCCAGUGUGAAGCCUGCCCCAUGCAGCAGCUCCAUAGACUGUGUGACCGCAUUGAGGGUCUGCAUGCAUCCAAAGCUAAGCUGGAGUUGCAGAAGCAUGUGGCUGGUCUGGACAAUCAAGAGCAGGCCUCUGUGUUCGAGACCACCCUGAAAUCAAGGCCGAAGUCUGACCAGGAGGAGAAUGAGCUGGUGGUGUCAUGUUUACGGCGGCUGUAUGAAGAAAGACAGAGGACACACACGCACAUGCAUAACGGACAGGCAAAACAGGAAGCUCCAGCGGCAUGUGAGGAAGCAUACGCCGGUGCUGAGGGCAGCUUGAGCAGCAGCCGGCUGCGUCUGGAGCAGCUAAAGACUCGAGCAAAGAGAUCACUCACUGAGUCACUGGAGGGAAUAUGGAAGGGUGGCAGUAAGUCGAAGCCCCACAGAGAGAACAGUGAAGGAGACAGCACCUCCUCCACCUCAACAAUCAACAGCUCUCACCAGGACAUCCUAUUGGUGGAGCCUCCCUCCUCACCUCUCCUCCCCUCCAGUCCACUCCGUGCUCAUAACUCAACAGGAGACCUGAAGCGCUUGGAGUCUGGAGACAGCAGCCCAGACCCCCAGACUCAGGGUUUCAGGAGAAGAGCGAGUACCAUCAGUCACUCUCCGUCGCUGUCCGUCUCCACCCUGACCGUCCCCACCGCCCAGCCCACAGCCGCCACCAAACCCAAACUCGUACGACACUACUCCGUCAGCACUGACUCGCCUCAUCAGAGCAAGCCACUUCACGCUGAUGAUGCGAGCUGCCUUCCCUCUGCUUCUUCCUCCUACCAUCACUCCUCUUCCUCCACCUCUUCCUCCUCCUCCUCUUCCUCUCCUGCGUGUCCGAGGUUGGCUAAACCCAGAGUUCUGGCCAUAGAGCAGCUCAGUCGGCCCUACAAACGGAGUCCGUCAGGGCUGAGUGGAUUGAGAGCCCGGCUGACCUCCUCUUCCUCUGUUCCCAACUUCCUCAAGUUUCUGGCUCCUGUAGAGGAGCAAGAUGACUCCUCCCUCUCUCAGAGAAAGAGUGAUGUUGCAGCCCUGUCUAGUCCGGGAGCGGUGUGUAUGAUAGGGGAGGACAGUCCACUACGCAAUCGCAGACACUCGUGGAGACAGCAGAUCUUCCUCAGAGUCGCUACGCCACAGAAGGGCUCCGAUACAGCAGAAAGAGGAGAAGCUUCUCUAGAAGUUGGUGGUCGACUGGUCAUUGGAGGCGGAGUUGGGGGCGGAGACUGUCCUCUGCGGGCGGUGCCCGAGGAGAGGAGAAAGAGAAGUGGGGAGGAGCUACGAGAGUUAUGGCGCAAAGCCAUCCAUCAGCAAAUCCUGCUUCUGAGAAUGGAGAGAGAGAACCAGAAACUUCAGGCCUCAGAAAGUGAUCUCCAGAGCAGGCGACUGAAGUUAGACUACGAGGAGAUCACACCAUGUUUGAAGGACGUUACGCUGGUGUGGGAGAAGAUGCUCAGCACUAUGGGCAGGUCGAAGGUCAAAUUCGAUACCGAGAGGAUACACACAGCUGUUGGACAAGGUGUUCCACGGCAGCACAGAGGUGAAAUCUGGAAGUUUCUUUCUGAGCAGUAUCUACUCCGGCAGCAGGUGCCCACCAAUAAGCCCCCGAACAACGACACGCCUUACAAAGAGCUACUGAAGCAACUGACCUCGCAGCAGCAUGCAAUCCUCAUAGACCUGGGCCGCACUUUCCCCACCCACCCGUACUUCAGCACUCAGCUGGGUGCAGGUCAGCUCUCUCUGUAUAACCUGCUGAAGGCCUACUCUCUGCUGGACCCCGAGGUGGGCUACUGUCAGGGCCUGAGCUUCGUGGCUGGAGUUCUGCUGCUGCACAUGAGCGAGGAGGACGCCUUCAGCAUGCUCAAGUUCCUCAUGUACGACAUGGGCCUGCGGAAACAGUAUCGACCCGACAUGAUCAUUCUGCAGAUCCAGAUGUAUCAGUUGUCUCGUCUUUUACACGACUACCACAGGGAGCUGUAUACUCACCUGGAGCAGUAUGAGAUCGGGCCGAGCCUCUACGCUGCUCCUUGGUUUCUUACCGCCUUUGCCUCUCACUUCCCUCUGGGUUUCGUGGCCAGAGUCUUUGACAUGCUGUUCCUUCAGGGGUCCGAGGUCAUCUUCAAAGUGGCGCUGAGCCUUCUGGGUAGCCACAAGCCCCUUAUCCUGCAGCACGACAAUCUGGAGUCUAUAGUGGACUUUAUCAAAACCACACUGCCCAACCUGGGUCUGGUACAGAUGGAGAAAACCAUCAACCAGGUCUUCGAGAUGGACAUCAGUAAGCAGCUGCAGGCCUACGAGGUGGAGUACCACGUGCUUCAGGACGAGCUGUUGGACGGACCUUCCACUCUCAACCAAUCCCAGCGCGCCGCUCAGCUGGAGAAGACCAAUGGGAGCCUCCGUCAGCAGAACCUAGACCUGCUGGAGGAAGUGCAGGUCGCCCACGCCAGGAUCCGCUAUCUGGAGUCUCAUGUGGAAGGUUUGGCCAGCAGCGAGGCGGAGCUUCGUCUGGAGGUCAGCUCUCUGCAGCAGGAGCGUUCAGAGCUUCAGCAGACUGUAUCGCGUCUCCAGGAUCUUCUCACCAUGCACGGCAUUCAGCACACUCCCUGCCCUGCUGAGGAGAGCCAGCCCUCUACAUCUGGAACCACAGUGUGAUCGGUGCUGCUAUAAAACACAGCCAUGUCUGCUUCUGUAUUGUCUCAGUGUAGGACAAGAGAAUCUUGUGAGACGCUACGCCUUCUACCUUCAGCCCUGCAGAUCUGAGCAGAGUAGAGUCUUGAUUCAGAGUGUUGUACUAAGAAGGUGUUCUGGUGAAACGUCUGUAAAAGCCCUUGCCUUCAUUUGUGCCAUCUGUCUGCAGGUGGGAUAAAAAAAAGAGUGAGGGAAUAGAGAAAAAAAGAGAGAGUAAGUUCCCUAAGACCUGUUCAGCUUAAGGGUUUGGUGCUGUUGAGGAAUGGAAAGGGCAUCAAAUCACAUCAAAGUGCAUCACGUCCCUCAAGGUAGGAGAUUAGAACUCACACCGGUUGGAGAACCAGACUAAGAACCAAUCUCAGAAGAUGAAAGUGAGGCUUUUUAACCUGGAUUGAGGCUUAUGUUCGAGGUGUGGUGUCCUCCUGUUCUUUUGCUCUGAAGCUCUGGAGCGCCUUAAGGCCAGAGAUCAACGACUUUAACAAAGAGACUCUUAUCUUCUUUUUCUUUGUUCACUCGUCCUCCUCCUCCUCCCAUCACCCUCAUCAUCAUGGAGGUGCUAUCCUUACACCACCGCCCCAGUGUCUCCAGAACUCAAUGGAGUUCUAAUUUAGUGUUUCUGAAGAUUCGUCUGACCAACCCUGCCCCUGGGUCAGCACUGAUCUGCCUGACGACAGGCAAAGAACAAUUGCACACAUUUCCCAGAAUGCACACUUCUGAGUGUGUGUAUGUUUGUGCGCAUGUGUGUGUGUGGGUGUGUGUACAGUAUUUGCACCUGUUUCUAUGUGCAUGUAUGUAUGUAUGUAUGUGUGUCUGUUUUCCCAGAUCACCCCAUUUAAACAUAAAGCACUGCUGUAUUCUACUGUACUGUACAAUUGUACAUUAUUAGCUUCCAUCAAAGAACAAAGAAUUGAGU